AUGGCCUUCGAGUGCACCAGCGUCCCGUCGAAGGUGGCUUUGGAAGUCUGGGAGCUCGCCGAAGUAAGCGCCGACCUCACCAAGUGGAAGCGCAAGCUGAAGGACUCGUUUGGAGUGCGUGGGACGACGACGGUGCGGAAGCUGGACGACGUCGACCCGAGUCUGGUUCCGCUGCCGACGACACCGUGGAAAGCCUCCACAGGCUACCAGAUGCAGACGCCGGACACCAAGCAGGUCUUCGGCAAGACGCCCGACUCGCCGUACUUCGCAGACUCGCACAUGGUGACGCCGAAGAAGAAUAGUGACGGUCGGCGAUUUAACCUUCCCGCGCUCGGCGAUGAUGAUGACGACGACGAUGACACGGGCUACGACUUCGCUGACCCGUGUGAAGACCUGACGGCGCAGAUUCGGCGAUCAUACCAGCGUGAAGACGAAGACGGGACGGGGCUCAGCGAUGAGCGAUCGCUGCGCUGGCUCAAGAAGUUCAUCUACGAGAUGGAGGGAACCAACACCCAGCAGGACCGCUGGUGUGAGCCGUUUCAGCUCCUCAUGGAGAGUGGAGCUAGCAACUGGGCUCGCCAGCUCCCGAAGAAGACGCGCAACAAGUGGUCGCUGCUGUGCGAGGCGUUCAUGGCGUACUACUGCUCGCAGCACGACCAAUCCGCCGAAGACCGAUAUUACACCGCCACGCGGGACGAGGGGGGGGGGCACAUCUGCGCCUACCUGCUGCGCCUGAAUGUGUACGCUCGCUCGCCGAAAAUCGCGUAUGAAGCGGGCGGUACCAUCGGCGCGAGUCACGUCAAGCGCUUCCUCGACACUUGCGAAGAUGAUGCGCUGGUCCGACAGUUGAUCCCUCAACGAUUCGACAAUAUUGUCAAGGUGGAAGCUGUGAUCAACGACACGAUGGCCGCUAACCGACGCCGCAAAGACAAGGGCAGCACGCCGCUAGACGUGACGCCCGUAGGAAUGACCGGGAUGAUCGCCGAGGUGACAGCCGCAACCGUGAAGAUCGCUACGAUCGUCGAGUCACCGUCGCAAUUUUGCACGCAGGUGCAUGGUGCCGGCCAGUGCGAGCACCACAAGCUCUACGAGGAGGCUGUGAAGGAUGUCAGCGAAUCUACCGGGAUGAUCACAAGUGCGACGCUGCGUGAGACGAGGCCAACCCCGCGAGUCAAGGUGAUGAAGCUGCUCGCGGGCGAGCGCCAAGGAUGGUGGUCGCAGAAACAGUUCGAUCGGCGAAAGCGGGUGCGAGCACUUGUGAUGGGAGCAGUGAACGACAGAAAAACGGAGAUUUUGCUGGGCACGGGCACGAACGUGAGUGCGGUCAGCGAAUCUUUCGCUAAGAAAAUACGGCUGAGACGCAGGGUGAACAUGGACAUGCAGCUGGACAUACAAGGAAUUGCCAAGGACGAGGUCUACACGAACGAACCCGGUGUCAGGCUGGACCUCUUCCGGUCGACGAUGAAGAACCCGGAGGAGGUGGUGGUGCCGCUAGUCAAGUCGCAGAAGGAAGUCGACGAGCUGUCCUGUCCGGCACACUUCCCGUUCGUGUAUUGGAUCCCGCACGAGGACCUGCCGCUCAGCGAUGGAUACGUGCAAUUGCAUACCAGGAAGUAUCCCGACGAGACAGGGGUGACUGAUGAAAUCUCGUCGAAUUGCGGCGAGAGCGACAAGUCUGAGGAAGCGACAGUGGUAAGCUGUCCUAUAGACGCCGGGGAACAAGACUAUGCGACCCGCGUCACUCCUCAAGAAGGUGAAUUUGGUGAAGUUCGGUCGGCGAACGAAGUCCAAGUUGCCUACGAACACCCAAGGUUCUCGCCUGACGAUGAUAACACCGCUCACCUGAUAAGCAUGCUCCGACAGCAAACGGAUGGGAUGCGCACACUGAGUGCCAGACCAGACCUCAUCAAGGGUGUCUAUCUCGACGGAACAGGAGGUGUGACUGAGCCUGUGUACGUUACCGUGGCGGCGCUGCAAGAGAUGGAUGACGAGAUCGAAGAAUCGAUGAGCGACGAUCCGCUCGACGACCUACGACAUUGCUAUAUCGCCUCCGCGAAGGCUCUCAUGGUAGAUGGCGACAGUGUGGAUGGAGACGAGUUCGAGCACGAAGCAACCGAGAUUCAUUUUGAAGAUUACGCACACGAACUCGCCUUCUUACCGGACUUGACCGCGCCUGCCUCGACGAUCUUGGACUAUGAUGCGCCAAAUGUGAAGAACCCCUCACUGGAUCCAAUUGGACAGAUCAAGCUCGUCGAGACACUGCGUCGGCAUGAAGAGAUCAUGAUCGCCAGUGGCAACGCACUACCGCCGCCUGCGUACGGCGCGGUGUGCGACAUUGAUGUUCAAGGCAACGCCCCUAUCAAGCAAAGAGCUCGGCGAAUUCCGCUGAAAUACUUGCGGAAGCUCUAUGAGCUGCUGAAAGGGCUGCUGGAGGCAGGACUCAUUGCGUUCUCAUCCAGUCCGUGGGCCUCGCCGAUCGUAAUCGUGCUCAAGAAGAACGGCCUCGAUAUACGGCUAUGA